AUGUCAAGUUUAGAGGAAAUCAUAUCUGAAGAUUUGGGGUUUAAACUAGACACAAGUUCUCAUGGAUUUGAUUUAUUUGAUUCACCCAUUGAUUUGGAAACUUAUGGAAACCAGGAUUUAAAAUUAUUGGCAAUUAAUGAUGAUGAUCAAUUAAUUGCAACAUCAAAUAUUAAAUCUUUGAAAAUAAUCUCAUCAGGUGAAUUGGAUAAUGUUACAACAUUUGAUCAAGAAUUUGAGAUUACUCAAAUUCAUUUCAAUUCAGAUAAUUCAAAAUUAUAUAUUUUGAAUUCAAACAUAAUCCAAUCAUUAUCUUUGGCAGAUUAUAAAAACGGUGCUUAUGAAUUCAAUAGUUUAAAUGUAUUGGAUUCAUCAAUAUCAGGUAUUUUACCAUCUCCAUUUUCAACUGAUAAAUUAUUAGCAUUAACUAUUGACAAUCAAUUGUAUUUGAUUGAUAAUACCAAAAGUGAAUUAAUCGCUUCUAAUGUACUGGCUUAUUGUUGGGAUAAUACUGGCAAUUAUAUUCAUGCAACAAAGGGUGAAGCAACAACUUUAAAUUCCAAAAAAAUCGAAUUUGAAGAAGAUCCAAUUGAUUCCCAAAUUGUGAGUUUAUUCUCGUUGAAUAAAUUCAUAGUUGCAGUUUAUGAUAAAUGUGAUGCAGAAUUGGAUGAUCAUGAUGUUAGAUCAUACAUAUUUGAAGAGAAAGCAGAUUAUUAUCUUGCUAUGAAUGCAGAUUUCGCACCUGCCUUUGGUUCUGUUGCUAGAAGUUUAACAUACUAUUCAUCAAAUAUUUCUGAUUGGAUUGAAUCACAAACUUUUGAUUUUGUUACUUCUUCAUUAGCCAUUGAAAUUAGUACAUUAAGUACAACCACAAACUCCCAUAUUCCAGAAAUAAUGGGACAAUCCGAAGAUAUUUAUCGAGCACAAUUCCCAAUUGAUGAGGAUUCAGGUGAUGAUUGUUCUCCAGUUGGUAUGGCUCUAUCUAUCAAUGAAUUGAAUUCUGAAGUUCUUGAACCAUGUCAAGGGGUUGACAAAUCAGUUGGAAAAUUACCAAAAGUUUAUUGUCUUUUACAUACAGGAAAAUUGAUUACCUGGUGGGUAUUCCAUAAACAUUCCCUUUUGAAUGCUGAAGUUUCAUUAGAAAGAGCAAUCGAAUUUAAAAAGAAAUCAUCCUCAACAGGAGUAGCACCAGCUGAAGCAAAAGAAGAUAAGAUCGAAAAUCCAUUUGAAAGUGCAGCUGAUGCAUGGGAAAAAGCAAAAGAACCAUAUUCCCCAGUUUCAACUUCAAUUGAACCAUCUUCGGCAUUUGGAAAACAACCCAGUACCGCAUUUGGAGCACAGACUAUAGAAAAACCAUCAGAUCAAGAUCAAAAAGGUAAUACUCGUCCUUCGUUGGGGGAUUCGGGAUUUGUCAAAAAAGAAGCUUCACCAUUUGGAUCCACGGGAUUCGGCUCCACUGGGUUCGCACAAUCUCAAGCACAAAAAGCUGCGGGUUUUGGUGGUUCCACCGGAUUCGGCGCGGCUGGGUUUGGUUCAGUUGGAUUUGGAGGCGGCGCAUCGAGUUUUGGAAAUCAACUGUCUCUUGCUGGUAAGUCCAGUUUCGGAUCUUUUGCUAACCAAGCAUCAGGAUUUGGAAACGUCAAGGGUAGUUCAAUAUUUGGUGCUAAUGAGAAUAAGGGUGCUUCACCAUUUGCAGGAAUUGCAGAAAAUAAAACCAUCUUUAGAACAUCAAAGCCAGUCUCUGAUGCAUCUCCAUUUGCAAAUCUUACUGGAGGCACAAAGCCGGAAAAGCCCAUUGAAUCUCCAUUUGCAAGAUUAGGGAAGAGUACUUCCGAGAAUAAGGGACCAUCGGCAAUAACUACCUUGAAAACACCAAUACCUACGGAGAGUCCCUUUGCUGCAUUUAAACAAGCAGCUGCGGAAGGGGAGAGAGCCACACCAGUAUCAGGUUCGGAAAGCAUGGAAGACGAAGAAGAAGAUGAAGUUUCUGAUGACGACGAAUUUGAUGAACAAAGUUAUGAAGAUCUUGGAAAGGAAGAAGAAUUUGAUGAUAUUCUUGGGUCAAUGUCAAUAAAUGAAGCACCAGCAGUAACUUCGAAGUCUCCAAUCAUAAAUGCAAAUGUUCCAGAAGUUAGCAAGGCCAAAGUUGAACCCAAAGCGGAGACACCUAUAUCGGCCAAAGAAACCCAGGUAACUCCUGAAGCAGAGUCUGAAGGACCAAUCGCCCCAGCUGAGUUUUUAGUUUUUGAUGGACUUACUACAAAUGCUCAAACUUCCCAAGAUAGUAUCAUGAAUGAAAUGAACAAGCUUGUUCAAGUUACGGAAGCAAAUUUGAAAGUUCUUGGAGAAAAUUCCAAGCUGCUCGGGGAAUUCAUUACUGAGCAUGAAAAGGAUAGUAUUAUUGAAGACUUGAAGGAUGUUGAAUAUUGGCGUAUGUCUCAUAUUAGCAAACUAUCUUCUAUUUUACAAGAAACGCAUAAACCACUUGCCAAAUUGAAUGAAGAUUUGAAAGCCCAAGAGUCUAUGCUUAAUGAUUUAUCAAUAACUGUUCAGAAACGAUUACAUCAAAAAGCCAAACUUGAUAAACUUUAUAGUCAUUUAGCAUUACUUCAAGAUGAACUUACAAAUCAAUCUCAAUUGAAACAUAGACCAUUAGAUAUUCAAAGUGAUAUAAUGAGAACAAAAUUACGGGAAAAGAUUACAAAUAUAAAGAAAUUAGAAGCUGAAUUAUUGUCAAAAAUGAUGCCAAUUAAAGCAAAGGAUUCAUUUACGUCUGAAACAAUUCAAAAUGUGGAACGAGUAAUUUUCCGGUUAAAUUAUGAAAUCACUGAACAUGGUAAGCAAGAAGAAGAUUUGGCUAAAGAAAUGGAAAAAUUACAAUUAGAAACUUCAAGAAGAGUAAGUUUACCAAUGUUAUCAAAUUCAAGUUCAUCAUCUAAACUUCGAUUAAGACAAAAAUUAUUAAAAUCUCCUCCUCGUAUUUAUAAUACAAAUGAUGACAAUUAG